GUUUAUUCAGCUAAAGCUGCUAAACCACGCUUUCAUUUUUAUUCUGGUUAUCUAUUUUGUUUGUGAUACUGCUUUAUUUUUUAUAUUUUUGAAAUAGAUUUUAAUUAACUUUUUAAUGACUUCAUACACGGUACCUCGUAGGUUUCCUAGGAGAGAUGAAUUUAGAGAAUAUUUACAAAGUGUUGGCAUCUAUGAUUCUUUAACUAAAGCAUUGUCUAAUUUAUAUGAAGAACAGGGUAAACCAGAAGAUCCUUUAAUAUAUAUUAAACAGCAGUUGGGAAUUAAUGAUUCUAAUAAUAUGGAAUCACUAAAACAGCAGCUUAUUCAAGCAAAACAGAAAUUGGAAGAAUUAAAAAAAGAAAACAGUGAUCUUCUUGUAAAAGUAUGUGUAGAUAUUGAAUAAUUUAAUUUUCUGUAGACUACUAAACUCAUAACACUGCUUACAAAUGUAAAAAGAAGUUUCAAUUACUUUUAUCAACUUGAACAUAUUAUUAUUUUAUUAAAUUACUGUAUUAUUAAUUUCUUUAGUUUUUUUAAUACAUUAAACAGUAUGAAAAUAAAAUAGAUGAAAAUAAAGUGGAAGGUUAAAUUGAAUGAUCCAGCAAGAGUUUUUAAUUUAUUAUUUAUUUAUUUAUUUAUUUAAAAAGAAUUUCAUUUCAAUUUCAAAACCUCUUAGAGAACCUUCUUAAAUAAAUCUUCAGUAACUUGUCACAUUUAGAAUGAGUAAUGUUUUCAAUCCUCCAUCUGGAUCUUCAUCAGGUCAACCGUUCUAGAAUCAGAAUGCUUGGAACAUCAUCACUAAUUCUGUUCAUUUAUCAAAUGUUUAUCCAGCUUUAAAUCUGAUGCGUGACAUAGUUAUCAUGAGAUAUGGUACUAAUUUUCCAGAUUAUUUCAGAUGGAUCUAAUCAGAAUUUAUCUAAAGGUGAGAUUUAUUUAAGGUUUUCUAAGAUGUUUUGAAUUAUAUUUCCACUCCAGUCUGAGGAAUUGUGAGUAGAACAUGUAAUUGAUCAGACAGGUCAUUGUUGUUGAUUGUUGCUUUAAUUUUGCUAUUUGUGUAUGUUGACUCAAAGAUACUAUACUUAAAUUUAUUUAAAUUGUAAUCAUUUAGAGAAUAAAGUUGGGUAUACUGAACAGGAAGA